AUGAGCAUCAAGGAGAUCUUCCCCGGUGCUGUUGAAGAGCUACCGGUGGGUCCAGGCCAGACAGCUUUCGACCAGUGGCAAGUGGAGGAAGCAGACGGCGGAGCGACGCAUGCACCGAAGGUGGCAAGACCGAUCCUGAAAACGUCGAAGAACGAGGGCACAACAGCCUCAGGCCCCGCCAUGACAAGCGAGUACGCGAGGAUUGAGGCAGCCUUGGAUCGAAUCUCCCAGCAGGUGGAUGCUUGUCUGGCACAGCUGCUGCACGGUGUGGCUGCUGGGCCACAUUCUGCUCACGCGAAGGAGGGCCAUGCCCAUGCGACGAAAGGAGAACCGCUUUUUGCAGUGGUACCCGAUGCUUUUGCAAUGUCUGACAGCGAUGCAAACUUGGCUGAGUCCACAUCCUUGCGGCAUCAGGUCGUCAGCUUCGGAAAUCGGCAAGGGACCGUCGCAUGGUGUGAUGAGACGUCAGAAGGCGAGGCUCAUGAUCCUGAUGCGGCACCUCGACCACGGAGGCAUAUUCAUAAGGCCCGGACAGUGGACCUGAAGAUAGCGACGGAAAUCUUCGGGGGUAAGGAUGAGGCGGCUGCAACGAAGCCGAUGAUGCGCCUGCUGUACCGCAGCCGCUGUGAUGACAUAUGGGAGAUGCUCGAUGACCCAGAGUCCAGCAGAGCUGCCUGGUGGAUUUCGCAGGCGCUCAAGGUUGCAGUGAUUCUCAGCAUCAUUGUGACCAACUUGCAGAUCACGCAGGAGUCUCUGCUGAAGGGGCUCACGGCAGCAUUUCUGGAGACAACAUUCGACAUUGUAUUCUUGAUAGAGUUCCUUUGCCGAGUCUUCUCAGCUCCGUCCAAGAGGGAGUACUUCAAGAACACGCUGAACUGGGCAGAUAUGCUAUCGGCGUUCGGUUUACCUCUCAGAGCCAGCAUCGGCUUUGUGAUGGACAUGCCGUACGAUCAUGCACCCUGGCAGUUCAUCGAACUCUGCUAUGACAACUUCUGA